GUAAUACAGCUUCACGUCAGUAGACGGUGCUGCUGUGGAUCCACCAGGGAGACUCAAGCUCAGCUCUGCAGCUCAGAAACAAACAAGCUCUGGACUGAGAAAGACCUGAACUCUGGUCCUCUCUCUGUUGACCUACCACAGAAGCAGCGGGACACGAAAGUGGACGACUGUUGGUGGACUAAUCGUAUGAGCCGCGAAUCAGCCGCCGCUGCAGAACAGUGAGUGAGUCGACCUUAUAAUGGGGUCCAACAGUUCAAAAGGUCAGUGGCGGGGAGAGUUUGAAGGUCCCAAAAGACCUAAACAUUUACAGGAAAGGGUCAGGGACAUCCUGAAGCAACGGAAAAAACAAAUGCAAGACAGGCCGAUUAUUCCACUUGGCAGCCCGGCUGACACUGUCGCAAAGCAAGUAGGAGAUUACUUUGUUUUGCCUUUCAGCUAUGACAUGUGUGGUGGGACCGAUGGGAUUUGGCCUUUAGGCGGCUCAUUUGACCCGAGUAAAAUUAAACUGCUGAAUGAAAUGGUCAGAGAGGAGAUGAAUCCUGACUGGGAUUAUGGAUACAUGCGCAUAUGUGCUGCCAAAUGGGAAGAAAUAGCCAGAAAGCAUAAACCACCGAAAGCUAAAUCUAAACCAUCCUCCGCCUCGAUCAAACAUGUCAAACAAAAGCAUGACGAGACGUUGUGUUUGGUUGUUGACUUAAUCGCUGCUCAUACUAGUGCUGCAGAUGUCCAACAGCUCUCGGCUGCCCUGCAGAUUUGGAGCACUGCAGAGGAAAAGAUAAUGAAUAAAUUUCCAGAUAAAGUCAGGAAACAAGCCACUGCCCUGAUUCACUGGUGGAUUGACUUACAACCUCAGCCCAGUGUUGAGGGUUUGCUCAGACAGCUCAGAUGUGGGGGGGUAAAUCUUGAUUGGCUCAUUCAGGAGAAACACGAGUCGCCUCCUCAGCUUCCACAGUCGCCUCCUCAACUGCCUGAACAACCUGUUGACAGCAAGCCAGCAGAUAUUCCACAUGUUAAAGCAGAGGAAGGAAAGGAAAGUAUAAAAGAAAAGGAGGAUGGAAAUAUUCCAGAUGAUUCCCAGACGAAGAUUAUUUGUGUGACGGAAAAGCAAAUUCAGCAGAGAGAAAACGAGAGGGUUAUGGACGCUGACUGGUUCUUCAGAGAGUUCAGGGGCCAAUUAACAAACAUUCCUAACCCGCUUACCAAACUGACAGCCUUCCACACAUGGCUGCGCGUUAUUUGCAUUAUCUGUAACAUGCGUCCUGCUGGCGUCAGCAUGUUAUUGGACUUAGCUUACGGCUCCAAGUGGAAAAAAGUGAGCAAAAAUUUUCACAUCCCCAGUGCUGAUUGGCCAAACAUCGAUUCCUUGACAGCAUGGCUGGACGGCGCCUGUGUCGCCUCUAUUGAGAAAAGCGCGUGGGAGAACGCUGACUUCCUCGCUGUAAUGUGUUGCUAUCAAAAACCAAAAGAGCUGGUGACAGAUUUCCUGCAGCGUUUCGAACAGGUGUGGGAUUCCAGUGUAGGCGUAGCGAUGGAUUACAACAGCGGGUUUACGAUUUUCACUCUUGUAAAUUGCUUACAACCUGAUGUUGCAGAGAUUUUCAAACUGCAAAAACUUGACUGGCAAAUGUCAACCUUUGCUCAGGCCAAAAACAUGUUGUCAAGCAUGGAACAUAUGGGCAUGUUUGAGUCACAAAGCAGAGCUUUACAAACGUGGUCGGGAGGUUCGAGACAGUCACGCAGAGAUAAGAGAAGAGAUCAGUGCUUCAGCUGUGGAAGGUUUGGACACUGGGCCCGAGACUGUAGAGCUAAGAGAAGAGAUCAAUGCUUUUACUGUGGAAAGUUCGGACACUGGGCCAGAGACUGUAGAGCUAGAAUUCAUCAACAUGCUCUCACAUACGCAUAAACAGGCUGAAGUGGCUCCAGCUGCUGAAGUCAACGAACACUCCUCCACACAAAUAAUCCUCUUAAUUAACUCUCAUUAAAAAGACACUUCAUUGAUUUAUUUCCAUAAAGUUGGGGGACUUAAAGGAGACAUAUUCUGCACAUUUCCAGCUCUAUAUUUAUA